AUAGGAAAGAAGUGGAGGAGAAGAGCACGUCGGCGAGACGAGAGAUCGUCAGAUGAGCAGCCAUGGCCCGACGAUGGAGGAGCGCGAGAGGGCGCUGACGGCCCUGAUUCCCUCGCUUGCGCGCCGGCCCGCACCGGACGACGGCCAGCGUGGCGCAGGCGAUGGGUCACAGCGGCUUGCGGCGCGCCUCGCAAAGAUGCGCAUCGAGGAUCGCCGGAGACUGCGGAACCUCGAGGGCCGGGCCUCGUCGUCGUCGUCGUUGUUGCAGCAACAGCCCGGCUCGUCGUCAGUCGUCGGUGGAGCCUUUCCAGGCAGCGAGACGCUUGCGCUGAUGGGCGACGAGGAAAGGGCGACGAGGAGGCAGAGGGAGCAGGAGGCGCUGGCGAGGAGGCGCAACGUGCUCCGAUCCCGCUUCGCCGGACCGCUGCCUCCGGGGAGCUGGCUCGACGAGGAACCUCCGAGGCCGGGGACGCCUGAGAGAAAGGAACAGAACCAGGGAUGGGACCAGAGAAGAAAAAGGGCACUGUCGCGUUCGGUCAGGCACAUGCUGGGCGACGGCGACGGACGGCUGCCCAGCCUCGUCGACGCGGCGCUGCUCGCCAUCGUCGACGAUGCAAGCAGCGGGGCCGAGGCGGACCUCGAGUGGAUCCCACCGCAUCUCCAGCCCAGACUCAUGGCACUCUCAGGUCGACUGGCCCAGGGCAGGCCCCUCACCGAUGCGGUCCUGCGUCGCUUGCUUCCUCCUUCGCUGCACUCACUGGAGGAGCAAGUAGAGCAUGAGCGAGGGUCAAGUAGUAGGGCCGACUCAUGGGAGGAUGACGAGGCGCCGCUGUCGAGGUCGACGACGAGAGCGACGGGCAGCCGCCUGCUCGACCUCUCGUUCAGCAGCGCCUCGCACGCGACGCUCUCGCGCCUGCUCGGUGUGCACCUGCGCAUCCUCUCACUCGCCGGCUCAGAAUUGAUCAAGGGCGACGGCCCGGCAAGUCGGACCGUGGCCCUGGUCGCUGGCGCCUGCCCGCAGCUCGAGCAGCUCAGCCUCGCGGGCCUCGAGACAUCGAGUGGCCUGGCGCUGCUCCGCAAGCUCUGCCGUGCCACCCCACGCCUCGCCAGCCUCGACCUGAGCCACUGCGACUGGGUCGACGGCACCCUCGUCGCCUGCCUCUUUUCUGAGCACUCGGCCUGGCCCAGACUCCAGUCGCUGUACCUCGUCGGCUGUGCAUCCUUCUAUGGCCAUGAGCAGCUUGCGGCACACGAUUCCACCGCUGCCGAGCUGGCACUCCAGCCAUCGCCCCUCUUUGUUGGGCCAUGGCACGCCCACCACGCUGCCAACAGCCGUCGCCGUCGCCAGGCAAAGUCACGUGCACAGGCCCAAGGAACGGGCUGGGAAGAGGGCCCUGGCAGCAGCAGCAGCAGCAGCAGCAGCAGCCGCUCGCCGGCCUCGUCGUCGUACCCGACCCGGUGCACCGUCACUGGCAAACGGGUCGAGGCGCAUCAAUGGGAGCGCGCUCGGGCACUCGAUGCCGUGUCCUGCUCGGCCCCUCGCGACCGGGCGAUGUUCUGCCAAGUGUAUUUUUAGCGCGCGACGCGACCACCGAGCCCAGCUCGGGCCUCCUUGUGUGGCAAGCGAUCCCGGUCGCGCCGGCCCACUUUUAGACUCUUUGAGUUUUUCCACAGCUCUCCUUUCACAGUUUUUAUCCGAUGCAAUUGAUUUCUAAAAAAUCCCUCCACACAACUGGUGUUGCUGCUGCUGCUGCUGCUGCUGCUGCUGC